AUGCGCAUAUGCCUAUCGGUGGACUUCGACGCCCUCUCAGGCUACCUCGGGACGGGCCACACGCCCGAGAACACGCUCUCGGACUACUCGGCCGGCCUGCUCAGCGCCAACGUCGGCGUACCCCGGCUGCUGAGGCUGUUCGCCAAGCACGGCAUCUCGGAGAGGGUGACCUGGUUCAUCCCGGGCCAUAGCAUCGAGACCUUCCCGGGCAGGGCCGCCGAGAUCGCCGCCAGCGGCGCAGAGAUAGGGCUGCACGGCUACAGCCACGAGGGCGCGUACGCAAUGACGCCCGAGCAGGAGGACGACGUGCUGGAGCGGUGCACCGAGCUCGCGACGGGGCUGCUGCGCGGCAGAGGCGGGGGCGAAGGCGGCAGCGGGCAGCAGCAGCGGCCGCUGGGCCACCGCGCGCCGCUGUACCAGAUCCGCGAGUCCACCGUGGACCUGCUGCAGCGGCGCGGGUUCCUGUACGACAGCAGCAUGAACGCGCACGACUCCCUGCCCUACUUCCUGCCCCGCCCCUUCCCGCAGGAGGUGCCCCACGUGCCCGACUACAGCAAGCCGGCGGCGACGUGGAUGCGGCCGACACCCUUGCCCGCGCAGCCGCUCCCCGGGACGGCGGAGGCGGCCGCGGCGCUGGUCGAGGUCCCCGCUUCAUGGUACACGGAGGACAUGACGCCGCUGGGGUUCUAUCCGUACACGGCUUCGACGCAUGGUUAUGUUGCUACUGGUGUUGUCGAGAGGAUGUGGUGGGACCGGUUCGACUGGCUGUGGGAGAACGAGUCGUUCCUGGACGAGGGGCCUGGGGUGGGAUAUGGGUCGAUAUAUCCCCUGAUCUGGCACCCUGAGAGCGCUGGGAGAGCGCACAUCGUCGGCAUGGUGGACAGGUUUCUUGGGAGGCUGGUGAAGAUGGCUGAGUCCAGCGGAGGGGAGAUCACAUUUGAGACUAUGGCAAGUGUUGCGCAGAGCUGGAAGGCAAGGGAUGCGCCGUGA